AUGUUUGCUGAUGCCCAUUGUCCUCCAAACAGGAUUGUCGUCGACUCGUUUCUCACUAUCGCCAGUGAUGAUUAUCUCACUCAGGACGUGAACGAAGGAGAUUUAUGCCAAAUUGAAAUCGACACUAGAAAUAAAGAAUCCCUGCUUGUAUCCAUUACCAACUUCCUGAUAUUCUCUCAUAGACGGCCAAAGAACACGAAAGAAAUAGUGAUCAGCAAUGAAGAUGCGACAUUCAUUGUAGACAAUAAACCAAAAGGAUAUCAAUAUCUGAGAACCCCAAUCCUUUUAAAUAUUCCAAUGAAUUUGAAUUUUCGAUCUGUCUUGAUGUUCUCUAGGCCAUCGGAAUGCGAUGAAGAGUCAAUGAAGUGUCCGAGUUUAGAUAUUGGACCGAACACUACCGAAUUGUGUUUUCCGAAGUUUCUGAGUUGCGAUGGUCUUGACACUUGUGGAGAAGACGAGUCGAAUUGUCCUGCGAGUCAGCCGAAAAUCCUAUUGUCUUCAUAUAAAUACGGCCGGGAAGCUCUUUCUUCGAGCCAAAUAAUGCUCAUUUGGUUUUUUGCGUUGAACGGAUCUUUUAUUCUAUUUUUCUUGAUAUUGUCGCUUUGUUCCGUUGGAUUGUUAUUUGGAAAAUGCCCGAUUUAUAUGAAGAAGAACCAAUCUUCAAGGCAUACCUUCAUUCGAUACUUGAGAGAAGCAAUUCCUCCGGCACCACCGGUUGACAAACCUGUUCAACCACCUCCUGUGGAAUCACUUCAACCAGCUCCUAAUAACAUUCGCUCACGUCAUUCGAUUCUGAGCCGCAUCAGUUUCCUACCAGCUCCUGCUUUACAAGAAUUGGAACCCGAAGUGGAAGAUCGAGAAGAAUCACCAACCGAAUCGAUUUGCUCUCCGCCUGCACAUCGUCCAGAGGUGUUCCUGCGUCGCCAAAGCAUUUCGCUCGGCGAAAAUCUGUGUCAGAAAAACAAUAAAUUUCGUAAUACAGGACGUGCGAUGUCAUUCCAACAAUAA